CUGCACUCCCUCUCGCCGAUACAAGAAAAAACCCGGAUAAAGGCGAGUGCCCGGAUCAAAAAGAAAAGCAGGCGAGACAGUGUCAGCCGACACGCCGGCUAUGCCACACUUGGAGGCGGGUGGUGCCUUCUAGGCGGGUGGAGGGAGUAGUAGACUCCCGCGCAGCGUAUGAGAUGCUGGCAAGCAGGAUACAGCGAGUGUACACGCAGCAUCAACAGCUGAUGCAGAGGGUUUCCGUCAACACAGCACCACAGGCAACAGGCUGACAGGACAAUGGAGCUUUGUAGCUUGUCUGUGAGCCUUGGGACUGCCGUUACACUUCCCAUCCAGUUGGCCCACAGAUAGAUAACCCCAACGAUGCAACUUCACAAAGAGGUUUAGCGUCGGAGGAAAGAGGCCAAGGAUGCGGAGGACAGUGUGAAUGAAGGAGACUUCACAAUACGGCUGGGAACAGGUAGUUUUUUCUUCGCCACAGUGUCUUGCUGGAGAGUUUUCUUUUUCGGAGUGAAGUUCGUUGAUGUUGCACCAGAGGAAAACUAUCAACAGAAAAUGACGGAGCCCAAAAUAUUCAUGUUCGUUUUUGGGUGAAAUGAACCUUAGCCAGCAAAGCGCAAAGCGUGGGAUUAUACAGCUGUUGCACUCUUUGCUGGGGACUGCAGCAUGGCACUGAAGUCUGUCAAAACGCAGUGCAAAGCAGAAUGUGAAUGUGGUGCCGAGAGUAGCAGACACGAGAAGACCAACAUGGACAGAAGAGUUUGUGUCAGAUGUUAGGUGCAAACAGGUCAAGGACAGCCGGAGAGGAUUGUAUCAGAUGUGUCUCAUCACAUAGCUCGUAAGUUUCUUGAAACGGUUAUUAUCUGCCUCUAGAACUUUAUUAUUUGAAGUUCAAAUGUAUUAUUAACUCCUAGAUAGUCGAUCAGUCGUUUAUCUCUAGCGGGGAAAUAACUCUCGCACAGCACCAGACCAGUCCCAGUCCUCUGGAGCAUCAUCCACCAUGAGAUCACUUCACUGGAAUGGCUGCUGCGCAUGCGUUAUGAUCUUUUUGUUUGGUCUUUUCUCAACGCGACUGCCGUGCCACGCACGCUCCACAGACAAUGAAGUGACUUCACCGGAAGUGACCACUCCGGCCGGAAGUGCGACGUCCGAGCCAUCCAAGCCCGACGCACUGGAAGAAACGUUGCUAACGGAAAUGUUGCGCAUCAUCGACCAUAAGUUCGACUCGCUUAGUGCCCGGAUGUCAGUUCUCGAGCGUUCUGUCAGCAACCUCAACUUCUACAGCAUCAGGCAGUUCCGUGACGUCAGCCAUCAGUUCAAGAUCACGACGGCCGCGGUGGCGGAGGUCAGCGGGCAGCUUGGCCGGAUGGAAGGUGAGCACCGCGCCACCAAGCAGUCCGCGACUCAGAUCGCGCGUGACGUCAGCGCACUGCGCGCCGACUCCACAAAAAUGUUUGACGACAUCGCCAACAGCAUCGUCUACGCCAACCAGAACAUCGAGGAGAAGUUCGAGGCGGUGAAAUCCGGGAUGGCGAAAGCUGCCCAGACGACUCUAGCGGCGGUUGCCGAGUCGGUCAAGAACCCGUUGCAGGAAGACAUGGCGGUGAUCAUCAAGUAUCUGGAGGACCUGCCGCGCAACGUCAGCUGUGACGUCGACUUCCGGCCGCUGGAAGAGACGAUGGACGUGAGGUUCGCGGAGAUAAAGCGGCAGACUGACAUGCACUUCACUGACCUCAUCAACAUCAGCAUUGCAAGGGUCAAGGACGAAGAGGAACGUGAAAAGAAGGGUGAAAGGUCAGCCAAAGAGGACGAGAGUGGAGAGAAGGGAGAUGGCGGGCGUGUGCUGAUGGCGUUGGCCAACAUGACCCACAACGUCAUCGACGCCGUCUCCUACCUGCGUCACACCGCUGGCAUGAUCGAGCGCCUGCUGGCCAGCACGGAGGCCAUCGCCGACGAACAGUCAAAGCUUCGAGAUGAUGUCCUCAACACCAGAGGUCUUCUGAGGUCAGAAGAAGUCAGCGAAGAGCUUCUUGACGAAACCGACAGCCUGGAGACGGAGGUAGCGCGGAAGGAUCUGCAAUCGGAAGCCAUGGAAUACACGAGCGACCUCGACCACACCAGCAGUCGCGGCAGCCCUGGAAGUCCAAGCGACUCUCGUUCAUCGGGGAGAUUCACUUCCUCGGGCGCGCGGGAUCGACACGAGCUGCCACGUGGACCGUUGUGGACGAGUAGUGCUUGCCACCUGCCGCCGGAGUUCCUUCGGGCGUUGGGCGAGCUGGCUAAGAACGGCUCGGAGGUGCUGGGAGCUCUGUCCAACCUGGCGCAGCACAGCUCUUCGUCCUUGACCGGAACGCUGACCUCUUUGCAGGACGAGGUCGGACGCUUGGAGGAGCUACGGGCGCGACUGGGCAAGGAGUUUGGGUUGACGAGCAAGACAGCAUCGGCCAUUUUGGGGCUGGGCUGGAGCCCGCAGGAUAUGCGGCACCUGCACAACACCACCAAGACUAUCUUCAACAUCGUGGAGGCCAUCGCCUCGAACACCUUCUGGAUCCCGCACAUCUUCCGGAACAUGCAUCAUCUGGAGAGGCUCACCAACCGUACCAUCGAGCUGUCCACGCGCAUGCUGCAUGAACAGAAGUGGUCCCGCUCCCUGGACAACGAGCUGCCUCGCUCGAGCGACGCGACGAGAAAUUUCGCGGCGGCGCGAGAAGGCCUAACGCAGGGCGAGGCUCUGGACUUCAUCUUUGACACCAAUGUCAAACUCAGGCGUGUCAUCCCUGCCCUGACUCGCCUGCUGGCAGAACCAGGUAAGACAAAACCGCUAGUCGCUCUGGUGGACGGAAAACAUUUCACGGAGGGGCGAGUGGAGGUCUUCUACAGAGGCCAGUGGGGGUCCGUUUGUCAGGAGGACAUGGGUCAUCAAGAGGCUUCGGCCGUCUGCCGGUCCCUGGGCUACACUGGGGGGAUUUCUGCCGGAAAUGCCUUCUUUGGAAAGGGCAGGGAACUCCAGUGGAGGUUCAACGCCAGUUGUUUGACCGCAUUCCGCUGCCCGCUCGUCACUCGACCGAAUAAAGCAACUGACUGUGGCCAUGACAACGACUUCUCUGUUAUAUGUGACCACAUGCUGCGGAUGGUGUCUAUUCCUGGGGUCAGUGAUGUGAACACCGGACGUCUGGAGUGGCAUCACCAGGGCUACUGGUUGCCCAUCUGCGCGCGAGGGUGGAGCGGCUACGAAGCCAGGGUGGCCUGCAAGCAGAUGGGGUACCGUGACGGGAGGGAGUUCGACUCCUCCGACAUGGAUCUCCACGAGGGUGCGACAAACAGGACCACCUGGGUGACGGGUGUCGCGUGCACAGGGUCCGAACUUCGCCUGGACGCCUGCCGGGUGGAGUCCUUCCUGACUGAGCAUUGUCCUGAGAGUGUUCUCCCCGCUGGAGUGCGUUGUCAAUGACAUCUUCCUUAGAAAUACUUUUGAUGUUAAAACCAGUUUACAAUCAGUUCCAAGACAGUGGUGACGAGACUGUACUCAUCCACACACAUAUUUGUAUCAGCUAGACUGUGUUUUAAGUUUACACGUUCUGAAGCACAACGAAGGAUGAGGAACAAACAAGAAGGGUUAUUUGAGAAUAUAACAAAACCCAUUCCUUCUAAUGAUGCGUGCUCACCCACAUCCAUGUGUAUCAGUUCAAAGAGAAUGAAAGUCUUUAAUAAUAGAUACCUACAGGAGACAAUGUCUUAAGUAACAAAAGUCAACAAGUCAGUUACAGCUCACGUGUAAUUGAAACUGUAAAGUGCCUGAAUGUAAAAAGUAGAUGUAUGAUGUCCUGUAUUUCUCUCUCUCUCUCUCUCUCUCUCUCUCUCUCUCUCUGUUUAAUUAACUUUUAUUUGAUAUAUUGUGGACUGUGCUGGAAAUCCAUGCAAUCUUUUUGACAAGUGUUAUGAAUUCUUAUGUUUAAACCUCUUUUACAAAGAAUAAGCUGAUUAGCGAAGUGGACUAAUCGUUUUGCUUUGAAUGGUGUACAUAUACUUGCUAUGUUAGUACGGUAGACCUGUAGGUACCAGCCUCAAGGGUCUAUGACCUCAGUCCUGUAGAGCUUUCUUGUAGUUUUCUUUAGUGUGUUUUUGAGAGCUUGUCGCUGCUUAACACUCAAGGAAGCUAAAUGACUAUCAUUAAUGCUCCAUAUACUUUUCUUUACAAAUUAGACACUGUAGGAUUAUAAACUCUGACAAAGAAAAUAAAUACUUUUAGAGUUUGGAAAAAAAUAUGCUGCAUAUAGUUAAAAGGGAGCAGAUAUAUUGUGUUGCCUACAUCUGUUGCUAUUUUCUUUCUUUUGGUCCGUCGUUCAAUCUCACGGAUUUAGUAGCCAGUGAUGUAAAAUUGAAACUUGGACUUCCACUCACUGAGUGCUUGCUGUUGAUGGAAUUCUUCCUAUAAUCGAAGAUACUUAUUACGUUUAAUUUUGGAUAGUUUUGUUCGUCAAAGAAUUACAGAGAAAAGCAAAAGAUAGACUUAAAUGAUAGAGACAGACUUUCUAAGACAUGUCCGGUCACAGUUUUGUGUUGCAAGACAGUCGUUUAUUUACAAUCUCGUCUGAAACACGGUUUGUUGAUAAACCUGCCAUGUUUACUCUUUCUCGGGAAAACCCCAAACUGACUAAUCCGUGACGUAGGCGGACCCGUUGGAAAAGAAAGGGUGGAGAGAUGAUGUGAUACUGUCGGCAGUUUGACAGACUGGCACCGCGAAAUAUAUUCCAGCCUGAAGCUGCGAGAAGCACCAAGAGCUUGCAAUCUAUGGAAAGGCGAGACUACGAGAAAUGUGAACAGACUUGUCUCGGUUGCCCCCUACCCUUGUGAAAGAUGUUGUGUGCGGGUGACUGGCUUAGUUUGCUGUACAGGUUGUACUGCUAGUUCUCGUCUCAACGCUAGUAACGGCGGAAGAGGUUGAUACAGUUUGUAAUGGUAGUCUUCUACUUGUUACCCAGACACAACCAUUGCCCUACCGAAGCAUGCAGUAGCUACUCUCAAACUUGGUGUUACUGUUUGUAACACUGUUCUCUGUAUUCUCAGUAUUUUUCCCUUCGCUCAGCUUUUCAUCACUGUGCUGUCUUCAUCAAUUCUCGAUCUCAGAAUACAGGAUGCGUCCUGACGACGUCGAGUCUGAUGAAUGUCCGUCAGUUGUCGCACACAACACAGCAUGGCGACCUUGAACCCCAUAAAGCCUGUGUUUUGCGCGAUUGUAAGUAAGCUGUCGUUUUACAACCCGACAUUUAGCUCGGACAUGACUUAGAACGUAAACAUCUAUCAAUCAAACUUAAUUAAACCAUUUUUGCUUUGCCCUGUAAUUUGUCUUUUUUUCUCGGUCCGUAGUUAUAAAGAAGACUGUUGAAGUUCUGAGGCAAACAUCCGGAAAGGCAGGUUUUGACUUCUUGGUUAUGCAUCUUUUUGCUGAAUUGUUAAAUGUGAUAUAGCUUCUUGUUGCAGCCUCUUCCCUUCAGUAACUUUUCGGAGGGUGUCCAACUGUACAGUUAGUUCUGUGUCAUCUGACUGUAUCUGUGUAUACGAGUGUGUGUAUGAAUAAAGCGCUAUUUUAUUA